AUGGACCAGCUGCCGUCCAUGCACGUGGGCCGCGGCGGGGAUGUCUUUGGCGACACCUCCUUCCUCAGCAACCAUGGCGGCAGCUCGGGGGACACACAUCGCUCUCCCCGCAACUUCCUGGCCAAGAAGCUACAGCUGAUGCGGAGGGUGGGGGUGCCGCCCCGGCGGAUGGCUUCCCCACCCGCGCCCUCGCCAGCCCCACCUGCCAUCUCGCCCAUCAUCAAGAACGCCAUCUCCCUGCCCCAGCUCAACCAGGCGACCUACGACAGCCUCGUGGUGGGCAAGAUCAACUUCGACAGCAGCCCUGCCAGCACCACGGACGGCCACUCCAGCUACGGUCUGGACUCCGGGUUCUGCACCAUCUCCCGCCUGCCCCGCACAGAAAGGCCUCGUGACCGAGACUGUGAUAACUCCUUCCCUGCUGAGCCCGAGCUGCGCCGCUCUGACUCCCUCCUGUCCUUCCGCCUUGACCUCGACCUUGGGCCGUCUCUCCUCAGCGAGCUGCUGGGAGUCAUGAGCCUCUCGGAAGCCCCCGCAGCUGAGAGCCCAGCCCCUGCCACAAACCCUCCAGCUCCCGCCGCAGACCUCCCAGCCCAUGGACACUGCCCCAAUGGAGUAAUGGCUAGAUCGGGCCCAGUGGCUGGCGUGAGGGGGGCCAGCCCGGUAGGAGAAGGCACCCGAGUCCCUGCCGACAUGGCCCUGGGCAGGCCCUGGGGGGCAGGCUGUGUGGGCAGCCGGCUCUACACAGAGGUGGAUGCUCGCAGGGAGGUGGCCAGGGUGGUGCCCCAGGCCCGGGCCUCCUGGGAGAGCCUCGAUGAAGAGUGGGUGGCACCCCAGGCGGGAAGCAGGACCCCUGUGCCCAGCACAGUGCAAGCAAACACCUUCGAGUUUGUCGAUGCUGAGGAGGAUGAUGAGGUCAAGGUGUGAGUGGCGGGUGUGGCCAGGGGCCCCACCCAUUGGGGCCAUCUGCAGAGCCAGCACCCCCUAACAGCUGGGUCCUGCCAGGCCAGAGGUGGGAGGACCCUGGUUGCCCCCAAAGCCCUCCCCGUCUCUGCAGGACAGACGGGAGGGAGGACAGAAGACCAGGCUUGUGCUGGGCCCCGGUGUCCGCAGGGACCUUGCUGGGCUGACCCGCCUACCCACACAGCCGCGCGGAGCCAGCAGCCACUCCUCAGGCCUCACCCGUGCAGCCCCCACCCGCCAGAGCCCGGCCUCACACUGUGGCCUUUGUUGGGUGGGGGUGGGCCACACAGGGCCAUUGUCCCUGCUCCCAGCUCACCCAGAGCUGCCCCACCACCUCCCUGAGAGCCCCAGCCCAGGCUGCACCCCCAGCAUUUCCACCCUAGCCUCACUUGUCCCAGAAGCCUCCGAGAAAGGUCAGCGUGACCUCACAGGGGAAGAAUCCCACCUUCCUGGGUACCCAGCCCUGCCUCUGGGGCCUGGUUUAAAAAGGCCUUUUUGAUAAAAGGUGCCCUGCAAGAUGCUUGGGGACCUGGGAGAACAGCCUCAGCGCCACCUGCUUAAACAGCCCUCCGCCUCCAGGGAGUUUGGAAAGCUGAGGGCCCCCUCAGGCCCCCAGGCUGGGGUAAUGAGUAACCAGUCUGGACAGCCCUGCAGGAAGGCCCAGGUGGCAGCCCUUAUCUGAAGUUCCGGGACAGGCCCUGGCCCAGGUGCCUGCCCCAUAAUCCCACGGGGCAACUUGGCAUUUGCUCAGCUGGGACAGGGGACAGGUGGGCAGGAGCGAGUGCCUGGAGCUGUGUGGAAGUGUGACCCGGCCCCACUUGGUCCUGUCCUUGUGCCUUAGUGUCCUCUGUCAUGACAAUGCCAGGAGCAUUAAAAUGUAAGGAAAACAUUAGUCCCCGC